AGCGUUUGACGUCCUGUGCCGUCACCACGUGACUUGUCGCGCUGUCAGGAUGACGCCGUGUUGGAUGAUGCUGAGGCCGCGCUCCGUAUGUUCCUGUCUCGGACACUGAGUGAUACUGUCCCCGCUUGAUAUGGCGGAGCCUGGCAGUGUCGUUCAACCGGACGCUACUCUCCAGCAACGAGUUCAAGAGCUGGAAAGGGACAAUGCUGAAUUUCUUCGGACAAAGCAAUUACUUGAGCAGGAAUUUAACCAGAAAAGGGCAAAAUUUAAAGAGUUGUAUCUGUCAAAGGAAGAGGAUCUGAAACAUCAGCAAGCCGUCAUACAAGUAGCACAAGAAGAGAUUGUCCAGCUGAACAUAAAGCUAUCACAAGCGCAAGCAGAAAUGGAGAACAUUAAGGCUGUAGCUACUGUAUCUGAGAACACCAAGCAGGAAGCCAUAGAUGAAGUGAAAAAGCAGUGGCAGGAAGAAGUUGCUUCACAUCAAGCUAUAAUGAAAGAAACUGUGCGUGAAUAUGAACUUCAGUUCCACCACAGGCUUGAACAGGAGCGAGCUCAAUGGGGUCAGUACCGAGAGUCUGUAGAGAGAGAGAUUGCUGAGCUAAGGAGGAGGCUUUCUGAAGGUCAGCAGGAGGAAAAUCUGGAGAGUGAUAUGAAAAAGGCCCAAGAAGAUGCAGAAAAACUUCGCUCUGUAGUAAUGCCCAUGGAAAAAGAGAUUGGGACUUUAAAAGAAAAGUUGACAGGAGCAGAAGAAAAGAUAAAGGAUCUAGAGGCAUCAAAGAUGAAGGAGAUGAACCAUUAUCUUGAGGCAGAAAAGUCUUGCAGAACUGACUUAGAAAUGUAUGUAGCCGUCCUAAAUACUCAAAAAUCUGUGUUGCAAGAGGAUGCAGAAAAGCUGAGGAAAGAACUACAUGAAGUUUGUCAUCUUCUGGAGCAGGAGAGACAGCAGCACAACCAGUUAAAACACACCUGGCAAAAAGCAAAUGAUCAGUUUCUAGAAUGCCAACGGUUGAUGAUGCAGGACAUGAAGCACAUAGAGGCUGUUCUCACUACAGAGCAGCUUCGUCAAGUAGAAGAAAACAAAAAGAAAGGCCAGGUAGAGGAGCAAAGAACCAGAAAAAGAAAAGCGAAACAGACAGUGCAAAAAGACGAAGAAUGCACAAAGGUUAUCCUGGAGAAAUCACUUCCAAAUCUAAAGCAAGAGGAACUACUAAACAGUUCACAUAGCUCAAUACAUUCAUUAGAUACAGACAUUAUGUUACACGAAGGGGAUUCUUUUAAUAAACAAGAGGAUUUGUUUAAAGAUGGACUGCGAAGAGCUCAGUCUAGUGACAGCUUGGGAGCUUCUGGACCACUGCAAACAAAAACACUGGGCUACAACAACAAAGCAAAAUCUGCUGGAAACCUUGACGAGUCUGAUUUUGGACCAUUAGUUGGGGCGGAUUCUGUUUCUGAAAACUUUGACACAUCUUCCCUUGGUUCUUUGCACAUGCCAAGCGGAUUUAUGUUAACCAAAGAUCAGGAAAAAGCAAUCAAGGCAAUGACUCCUGAACAAGAAGAAACAGCAUCUCUGCUCUCAAGUGUCACACAGACCCUGGAAUGCACUUAUGUUCCUCCAUCCGAUUAUCGUCUUGUUAGUGAAACGGAAUGGAACCUACUUCAGAAGGAGGUCCAAACAGCUGGGAACAAGCUUGGAAGGCGCUGUGAUAUGUGCUCAAACUAUGAGAAGCAGCUGCAGGUUAUCCAGACUCAGGAGGCAGAGAUAAGAGAUCAAGUUAAAAAACUACAGACUAUGCUCCGUCAAGUAAAUGACCAGCUGGAAAAAACGCUGAAAGACAAGAAGGAUCUAGAGGAUUAUAUGAAGCAAAAUACAGAGGAAACAAGUACUCAGAUAUCAACACUUACUCUCCGAAUUAACCAGUCUGAGACUCUAUUAGCUGACUUACAACAGGCCUUUACACAGGCAAAGCGAAAUAUUCAAGACCAAAUGGCUGUACUAAUGCAUUCCCGUGAGCAAGUCUCUGAGGAGCUUUUGAGACUACAGAGAGACAAUGAGAGCCUACAAGGAAAGCACAGCUUGCAUGUGUCCCUGCAACAAUCAGAGAUUUUCAACCUCCCUGAAACCAGUGAGGAGCUCCAGAACCUUGUGUUGAAAUAUCGUGAGGAUAUUAUUAGUGUCCGGACUGCAACAGACCACCUUGAAGAGAAACUCAAGGCAGAAAUCCUUUUCCUGAAAGAACAAAUUCAGGCCGAGCAGUGUCAGAAGGAAAACAUUGAAGAAACGCUACAAAUUGAAAUAGAGAAUUGCAAAGAAGAGAUGGACAUCUUAGAAGCUUCUACAUCAAGCUUACAACUUGAAUUGGACAGAAUAAAAGCAGAAAGGGAGCAGUUAGAGGUCAGCCUGCAAGAAAAGACUCAGGAGCUGCAGAACCUACAGACUUUAAAGGACUCUUUGGAAAACCAACUAAAAAAGGAGACUGGAAGCAAGGCAAGCCUUGAGCAGUUGGCGUUUGAAGAGAAGAACAAAGCCCAGCGACUACAGACAGAGCUAGACGUUAGCGAGCAAGUGCAGAGGGACUUUGUAAAGUUAUCACAAAUGCUACAGGUACAGCUGGAGCGAAUAAGACAGACUGAAUCACUGGAGACAAUCCGUGCUAUCCUGAAUGACACAAAACUGACUGAUAUUAAUCAGCUGCCGGAGACAUGACCCCUCUUCUUCACCCAAGGACCUAAGGCUCUAACAGAGUUUUUGUUUUAAUAAAAAAAACUCAUCUUUCUAGUAACAUGAUUUAUUAUUUAACUCUUGACAAGGCAGAGGAUAAUACAAAUGUGAAUUAAUUGGUGACUGGCAACAGCUUGAAAAACAAAUCAGGAGAGAGAGAGAGGAUGAACUUCUAUUCGGAACACUAAUGAAACCCAUCACUGUGUCUGGAUAAAUGGAGAUGUUUCGCUCAUACUAAACCUGUGUAUCUGGUCUUUAUUUCUCUUUUCAGAUUGAGAUUUACUAAAUAUAAUGAUCCCUACCAAUAACAUCAGACCUAGGGCCCUUCUGUGACUGAUAAGGUUUUGGGAUUCUCUGGAGACUUGCUUAUUUUUUCCACCUUUCCACUUAAUGCAGAUUGGUUACUUUCUGACUUUAUUUCCAGGGUGGGGGAGAAGAGCAGCUUGUCCAUUGUUGAGGUGAAUCUGCUGAUAAAAUAGUCUCUGUUCUGUUUGGCUUAACUUCUGUUUGCCUUAAAUUCUGCCGUAGUCAAAUACUCCUUAAAUUACGCUAACCCUUUCAUCCUAAUCUGUUUGCUUUCAUUUACUGCUGGUCAACUUGUUCCCAAUUUUGAUAUGUGUGUGAGUAUGAAUAACAACCCAGUCCCUCUCCAUCAUACAGAAAUGAGGUUUGUUAUCUUGUAAAACAAAGGGAUUCUGACAU